AUGAGCGGGCUCAUCACUUCUUUGCUGAUCGAACCCGUCGUUCGGCAAGCCCGUCGUCUGUCACAGCAGACUGAGGAAUCCGGCCCGCCUGCUACUCAAGCCUCGAGCAUCUAUGAUCGGUGCUCUUCAGACAGGGGUGAAGACGACUGCGAUAACAUCGCGAGAGGUGUUAUGUCAUAUUCAGAGCAAGAAAUACAUCCUAGUAUAGGGGCUUAUGGUGAGAAUGUUGCCUCCGAAGAUAGCCCCUCGUCCGUUACGCUUUGGCCGACUGGUUUUAACGAUCAGAACCACGAAACUGAAAUAUCUCCUCUGUCGCACCGUACUAGGCAGAUCACCGACAACAACGGUUCUGGAGUUUCAGACAAUGAUGCGGUUAUCAUGCAUGGGAUCGAUUUAACGGAACCACGGCAGUCCACCCCUGUUGCUAUCUCUACACAAGAUGCCUCUCAACAAACAAUCUCAACCUUGCGGGAGGCCCAGCGAGUAUCGCACAGUCAUCUUGACCUAGUUGAUACGGGUGGACAGUCUUCGCUUCCAGAAGAUGAUGGAAUGGGUGCCUUGAGGAAAAAGAUUCAUGCCAUCCGGGAUUUAAACUACAGUAGCACGGAGCAAGCACGUAUGAUCCACGAGUUAAUGACAGAGAACUAUAAUGCCUCUCGAAGUAAUCUGGGUAACCAGACGAUAAGAAUGACGCCGUCCCUAUCCAGGCUCCGAAGCCCGGAUCGACCUGUCAGUCCAGAUUACGGCUGGAGCAGUCAAUCAUUUGACCAACAAUGCCUAACCCCACCUGCCACAGCUUCGAUCGCACAUCAGGAAAAUCAGUAUUGUCUGACAGCUGAAGAUUUGAAACCAACUUUUUCCCCCAGAGAUGAAUUAGAACUACCUCCUGAAGAUCUUGAUGAUACGGAUGCUGAGGAAUUCGAAGAGGCUUGUUUAGGUUGUCAACAUUAUAAAAGGAACGUCAAACUACAAUGCUACGCCUGCAAGAAAUGGUAUACUUGUCGGUUUUGCCACGACGAGGCAGAAGACCAUCACCUCGAUCGGCCAAAAACAGAAAACAUGCUAUGCAUGCUAUGUGGGCAUGCUCAACCUGCCACGCAGUUUUGUAGGCAAUGCGGGGAACAAUCUUCGCAGUACUAUUGCAACAUCUGCAAGCUCUGGGACAACGACACUAGCAAAAGUAUCUACCAUUGCAAUGACUGCGGAAUCUGUCGAAUCGGCCAAGGAUUAGGUAAAGACUUUUUUCACUGCAAGACCUGUUGCGUCUGCCUGCCUAUCUCGAUCGAGAAUACGCAUCGAUGCAUUGAGCGCUCGACGCAGUGUGAUUGCCCUAUCUGUGGGGACUACAUGUUUACUUCUCCUGAGACCGUCGUCUUCAUGCGGUGUGGUCACAGCAUACACCAAAAGUGUCUUUCCGAGUAUUCAAAGAGUUCAUAUCGCUGUCCGAUAUGCAGCAAGACCAUUACGAAUAUGGAGUCUACCUUUCGAAACCUGGACCGUACGAUCCAAAGUCAACCUAUGCCGGCUGAAUUCAAUGACACAAAGGCUUUAAUUUACUGUAACGAUUGUGGUGCAAAGUGCGAAUCAUACAACACUGCCCAAAUUCGAUUAUUGAACGGAGACGUACUGGUUUCAGCGGAGGAUGAUUAUGCGAGAGAAGAGUUCAUAGCAUCCCGAACAAGGUCAUCAUCUCAAGGUGCGGGCAAUAUUGCGCACCCAGUAUUAACAACGUCGAGACUUGACACCAACUCUGACCAAGAUCUAUACUCAAACGCACCACCCAACGCCCCGGUAUCAACUGAGCCAAGUGGGCGGUUCUCCUACAGCAUCAGUCGUGGCCGUGCUGUUUCCCCAGUGAUCAGUAACUAUUUCGGCAUACCCCCCGAUCGUGGGUCUGAGAGACGAAAGUCAACGUCAUUUUCUAAUGGCCAAGCUCCCCAGGAGAAUGAAAAUGAGAGUAACGGGGAAAUCCGCUUUUGGGGUGCGAAAUUCAAAUACAGGUAUGGAUUUCUUAGUCGAGGGACUGAAUCGGUAGAUGGAACCUCAGAAGCCAACGACGAAGAGGAUGAUGAUGAGCGGUCAUGGUGCAGCAACUCAGAGGAAAACAAUGAAGAGGAAGAUGAUGAUGAUGAUGAGAAGAUAGAUAUCUUUGGUCAUAGGUGACGACGAUGAAAAUAUCCAGUCUUCUCUCACACACCAUUACUACCCCAUUCGCUUUUAGUGGUAGAUUGAAUUGUAUGACGGUAGAGUAGUGCUUCUUUCUUUUUCUCCCUUCCUCACGUUAGUGUCGAUGAACAUGUAUAGCAGUUCUGUAAAGUGUCCUGGAGCUUGUCUGCACAAACAAUUUUUGGUGCUUGAAAACUCCCUUUAUCAGCCGGGAGAACAGCGUUGGACUCGUAUGAGCUUAUGAUGGGACAUUCACAAAUUUACCAAAAAAUCUACGGUAACGCUACAUGGACAGGAACUAGCAUGUCUGAGAGAUUGUGUAUAGAUGUGGGUUGAAAAUGAUCAUAUAUGCGACUAGGGCUUGAAUAAAGACGUUGUUGUGCCUAUCACUGAAACCAUACAACUUCAGCACUGGAAAUAUUUAUAUACACCUAUAUAUAUAUCAAUAAGAACAGCGCUUCUUGUUUGUAUACUAUUACAUACUAGAGAGUAGCAGACAGUACCAACUUGUUUAAUCUCUGCGUGUGUUAGUUUGAACUAAGUUACAUACAGUGGGAGGGAAUUCAAUUUCCAAGGCUAAUC